AUGUCCCCAUACAAGAUUGUUUAUGGUAAAUCAUGUCACCUACCAGUAGAGCUUGAGCACAAAGCAUAUUGGGCCAUAAAAUACCUUAACUUUGAUUUACAAGCUGCAGGUGAAAAGAGAUUGCUCCAAUUGAAUCAGAUGGCUGAGAUGAGAGAGGAAGCAUAUGAAAAUGCUAGGAUAUACAAGGAGCGAGCCAAGCGAUGGCAUGAUAGGAACAUCCUAAAGCGAGAGUUUUUGCCUGGUCAGAAAGUCCUAUUAUACAACUCUCGCUUGAAGUUGUUCCCAGUUGAGCUGAAGUCAGAAGAUGACCGCACUUUUAAAGUAAACGGUCAUCUUCUCAAGCAUUACUUUGAAGGGGAAAAUAUUGAUGGUGAUGCCACUACGGUGGAUCUAGCAAAUUCGGUUGAAGAAUUGGAAAAGUCGAACUAG